AUGCAUCUCUCUUGGGUGAUGUGUCUAUGCAUGCUGACAUGGCUAAGUCGAUUCUCACUUGUUAAAGCUGAUGAUUAUGAUGUUCAUGAAAUGGGAUAUGACGACGAAACUACAACAAUCCGAAUGAGUUCUCGACCGAAAUUGAAAACAACAACACAACAUGCGAAAACAACAGUUUAUAUUCAUGUGGAACAUGAUGAAGAUUAUGCGGACGUGUCUCACGAGGAGAAAGAGGAGGAGGAGGAUCACAUCCAUCAUACAACAUCUGCAAUAACUAAAUUAUCAUCAACUUCCACAAUAACAGUCACUACACAGGUGAUAACUGAACCACCUACAACAACAACUGCAUCAUCAUCUUCUUCUACAACACGACCUACUACACAUGCAAUAACUAAAUUAUCAUCUUCCACAUUAGGAGUCACUACACAAACGAUAACAAAAAUACCAGUGACAUAUUCUACUUGGCACUUUACACGAAUCUAUAAUAUUGAUCCAGACGAAUUCGAAACUAGUACGCUAAGUCCUGAGCAAAUCGCUGCUUAUCGUGCUAAAAUACGUCGAGAUCGGCUAUUACUCAAAAUCUUCGCUAUUGGAGUUGUCGUCUUUAUGCUAAGUUUAUCAGUUGCAUUCAUAGCUAUACAUCUGGUACGAAGAAAAAAUCGCUAUAAUGGAUAUCGCACACCAGCUAAUAUUCCGUCCAGUGGACAUUCAACAACUUUUACCAAUACUUCAUCAUAA